GAGGAUGUGUAUUUUGAUGGAAUGAAGUGGAAUGCAGUCUAAUUCAAAAGUAUUUGAUGGAAUGCAGAAUAGCAAUUGUUUAUGAUAACAUACGAAGAAUUAAAUAAGCAUAAAAGAGAGAUAUCAUUAUAAGGAAAUAAUAUAGAAAAUGUAAUUCUACUUAAGAUUAAUUGCAUUGACCAGAAGGAGACUAAAAAUAUUGGUAGCUAUCUGAAGAAAUAAUUGUACAUUGUAGAUAUUUGAGAAAUACUUAAUAGGUAUUCUACAAUGAUAAUGAUGGCACAAAAAUGGGAAGGAUGAUGAAUGGGAUUAAAUGAAUGGUUCUAUGAGGAUGCAUGCGAUGGGAGUGGGAUCUUGUGAUUGUGCACAGAAAGGGGAGAGUUGGUUUGAUCAAAAGGUGUGAG